GCCGUCGUUCCCGGCCGUCUCCUCGCCGCCGUCGCCCGCGUCGUCUGUGCUGUCCCCGCUCCCCAUGCCCAUGGCGGGGCUCAUCUCUCCCAAACCGGUGUCUUACAUGCAGCACAACCUCCAGUACAACCCCUACCGCGGCGUCCAGGCCUUCCCCGACUCCCCCGGAACCUCUGGCCUCCCUCCCCUCCAACACCCUACCCCGCACCAGGGCGUGUUCCUGCCCGGGAAUGCGCCCAACCAGCCCCUGAGCGUCAACGAAGAGAGCAAGAUCUAUGCCCUCGUCAUCGACUUGCUCAACGCCGACUCGCGGGAGAGUGCGCUCCUCGAGCUGAGCAAGAAGCGAGAGCAGUACGAUGACCUAGCCCUCGUUCUGUGGCACUCCUUCGGCAUCAUGCCCGCACUCCUUCAGGAAAUCGUCUCUGUCUAUCCCCUAUUAUCCCCCCCUAAUCUCACCGCCCAUGUAUCAAAUCGCGUCUGCAAUGCUCUCGCUCUCCUUCAAUGUGUAGCUUCCCACCCCGAGACUCGUCAGCUGUUCCUGAACGCUCAUAUCCCUCUCUUCCUAUACCCCUUCCUGAACACUACCUCCAAAACCCGCCCCUUCGAAUACCUCCGCCUGACCUCGCUCGGCGUUAUUGGGGCCUUGGUCAAGCAAAACGACAAUACUACCGUCAUCCACUUCCUCCUGUCCACCGAGAUCAUCCCGCUCUGCCUCCGGAUCAUGGAAACGGGCUCCGAGUUGUCGAAAACGGUCGCCAUUUUCAUCGUUCAGAAGAUCCUCCUCGACGAGACUGGCCUCACUUACAUCUGCCACACCUACGAGCGCUUCUACGCUGUGGGGACGGUCUUGAGCAACAUGGUCAACCAGCUUGUGGAGACCCAGGCUGUUCGCCUACUCAAGCAUGUCGUGCGCUGCUACCUGCGUUUGAGCGACAACUUGAGGGCUCGUGAGGCGCUCCGUGCCUGCUUGCCGGAGCCACUUCGCGACAACACCUUUAACGCGUUGCUCAAGGGCGACAUGGUGACGAAGAGAUGCCUCACGACCUUGCUCAACAACCUGAACGAGCAGUAACGAGUCCACUCACGACUUUGCGGACGAUCUUUACCCCCGGUGCUUGUAUUUUUGCCUGUUUUAGUAUGCUCCUGGGCGGAUCCCUGUCCCUAUGUUACCUCCGAGGCCGUGCCGGUGGGCGGGCGCGGGGUGCAGGGGCGCGAGGGACUUACUUCUUCGCACACCAUAAGUACGCAGUACGAUCUGGACCUAAUAUGUGGCGCGGCGCCGGGGCUCGUAGAUAGAGCGGUACGCGUGCGCGCGCGCGAUAGUGGAAUGUCAAUGCGAAUGUCUUCCCGUGUAAUAAAGUACAGAGAUUGGGCCUCUACCGGCGCGCGGCAGUAUGUACGAAGGUCAGUGCAGGGGAGACGUUUCCUCGACCUGGAUGGUGAGCUCUUCAAGGCCCGAGAUGCGACUUCGGAGAAGCUUGUCAACGCGCUCGACGACGCGGUCCACUUUGGCGAACGUCGGCCGCACGCUGGAGUGCGGGCCACCCGGGUCCCGAGACGAGGCGGAGGGCGCGAGCUGAAUGUGGAUCGUGCCAAUAAUGCUGGCAGAGUCCUUAGGCCAGAAGCGUGGUGUUGUGUACGACGCGAGGCCCUCGAUGGGGGCAAGAUCGGAGAGCGCGUUCUGGAUGGACUUCUCGCGCGUGUCGAGGUCGAGCGCGAGCACUUUGCCGGUGUCGAUGACGAGCGGGACGACGCUCGCGGCGAUGAGGAUGGCUAUGAAGAGCGACGCGAUCGGGUCGAACCCUGUCCAGCCGUAGAACUGGAUGAGCAGCGUCGAAAUGAUUACACCGACCGACCCCAGAGUGUCGGCCAUGACGUGCAAGAAAACACCGCGCAUAUUGUGCGAGUGGCCUUCCUGUGCAUGAUCAUGCACAUGGGAGUGGUCGUGCAGAUUCGGCGCGCUAUGUGCAUGAUGCGUCGCAAAGUGCUCGUCGUGCCCGAACUGGUAGUUCGGUGUGAGCGGCGAGACCGCCCCAUCGAGCAGAUGCGCGUGCAGGCCAGCAGGGCGCUGCUCCGGGGAGGGCGGAGAGGAGGGUACGUCGACCUUGAUCUCGAGGGACUGGGGGCGGGAGUGCGAGCCGUGGCGGGCGGACGCGGGGGAGGGGGUAUCGUCCGGACAUGACGCCGGAUUUGAGUGUGAGU